AUGGUUCAGGCUGUGAAAAAGUCUGCAAAAGAGCCCGCAUCAGAAGCCCCCAUCGAGAUUUGGCAUCGUCGACUAGGCCACGUCAGUAAAGAGAGGAUCCAAAAGCUCUCUGAGAUGACUGAAGGUGUCACUAUAACUGCUGGAAGUAACCCUGAGAGGAGUCAGUCUUCACCGAACCAGGUAUGCGAAGCUUGCCAGCUAACGAGUGCACCGAGACAAAUCUCACGACGGAAGAUAGACCAAGCCUAUGGGGUACUCGGAAGAGUGCACUUUGAUCUAGUCCAAAACCAACCGGCAUACAACCGACAUGUCUGGUUGACCCAUUUUUACUUAGAUGGGAUCAGGUGUCACUUUGUCUUCACGCAUGCCAAGAAGUCAGACUGCCAAUGGGCGGUUAGAAAGUUCAUCGCCUUGAUCCGAAACUGGCUGGAUGUGAGAGUCAGGGUCUUCCACUACGAUAACGAACGCAGUGCUGGAAAUGAGAUGGAGAAUAUGAUCGAAGCUGAAGGGUGCACUGUGGAGCACUCACCACCUGAGGCACCUGAGAUGAACGGUCCAGCAGAGAGGUCUGGAGGCAUCAUCAUCCAAGUCGGAAGGGCAUUGAUGAACGAAAACCCUGAUCUACCGAAGAAACUCUGGCCAGAGACAGUGUAUACAUCAGCGUACAUACUGAACCGCAUGCCGACGAAGCUGCCAGAUGGCAAAUGGAUCAUACCUUGGAUGGAAUUGAUAAAAAAGGCUGCACCAGAUGGGAUCAAAGACCAACGAGUCAACCUUUCAAAUCUCAGGGUGUACAGCUGCUUGGCUUACUCCAGAAUCUUGGAUUCAAAGCGUGUUCAGUCCGACAAAAUGUCUCCGAGAGCAGAGAUCGGAUACCUGGUUGGGUAUAUCUCAAAAAACCUAUACAGGAUCUGGUUCCCACACAAAGGAGGGCAGCACGGGAGAAUCGACAUUGUCAGAGAUGCUGUUUUCGACGAGACACGACGAUAUAGCUCGACAAAGAAGCUCGAAACAGAAGAGGCUUUGAGCACGCUGACUAAUGUCUUGUACGAAACAGGGAACUGGCCUGCAGUGUUAACUUCAGACCAAGCUCAAUCUACUCUGCGCACCUACAUGCGUAUGCCGUCAUCCAUAUCCCGCAUCGUCCUGCAAGAUGGUAUAGAACAUAGUACAUACACAGCAGGGUCGCGAUCCAAGUCUGCAAGACACGGAGACGCGGGACAGUGA